UCUAUAAAGGCUCCCUGCCUGAGUGUCUAGGAGUUAUUAGAAGAGUGACACAGCUGCCUCACAGAACCAGUGGCAACUCGGGGGAAACGAGUGGAGUAUAGCUGAAUCUGCAGGAAGAGCUUUGGCGUCCGGCUGACUUUUGAGGACAAUACAGGAGGCAAAAUGAAAUUGAUCUUCCAGUCGUUCCUCUAUUGCUGCCUGCUGGCAGCGGUAGUGCACUGUGUGGAACUUGAAGUGAACCCAGAGUUGAAAAAAAGGCUCAGCGUGUGGCUGGGGAGCAGACUGAGACGGAACCCUGACAGCGUGUUGCUGGAGAAGAGGGCAGAGUCUGAGCACUUUGUCAGACCAGAGGAUAUCAAGGACACUUUGCUGCCACAUUCCAGCGCCGACAUCAAGGUCCGAAGCAAAAGGUCGAAAAACCAGCCGAAUAAGUCAGGCUGUUUGCUGGGGACCUGCGCCGUGCAUGACCUGGCACACCGGAUCUACAAGAUCAACACCAAGACGGGGAACGCCCCCCCCCACAAGCUCACCCCAAGCGGUUACGGCCGGAGGCGGCGAUCCCUCCCGGCGCGCAGAGCCACACUGAGGCUGGAGAAGGGCAGGCUGAGGCCCGUGUGGAGCAGAACUGACUCCCAGCUUCACAAGCUCGAGGCUCUCCUCAGACAGACAUGAGCGCGCAGACUGCUCCAGAGGAGUUGGGAGCCAAAGCGAGAGAACCGUUCAGAGUCGCUGUCCAUUCAGCUCUGUUCUAGAAUUCUCAGAAUGCCUCAGACCCUUGCCAGGCAUUCUCCAGCACAUUUUUUUUUUUUUUUUGUCCAGGCUCGAGGACUGAGUCGCAGCCA